UUGGUAGCGAUAGAUUUGCAAGACUCUGCUGCCGCCCAUCUCCACAGCCGGAAGUAUGUGAGGAUAGACUAUUGGUUCAGGUUUUUUUUUUUUCUAAAUUUUUGUUUUUUUCGUGGUUGUUUUUUCCAAGCAUGACGACAGGCUACUACAGACACACUGUGCUGUCAGCUAGCUGCUUGUAAACCAGCACUUCGGGCCCGAUUAAGUACAACAUGUCAGGAGCAGAAAUGGAGUCCAGCUGUCGAGCUACGGCUCGUUGUAAACAUAGCAUACAGUAUGUCUGAUUUGUAAAAGUUAGCAGUAUUUGGUGUUUUGUACUGGGCUGGUUUGAUACCCGGCAACGUUAAGCUAAGUCGUUGGAUCUGCGGUACAAUCCCUGAAACUGAAGUCAGUCAUUGUAUUGUGGUGCUCAGAACCAGUAAAUCCCUAAGUUACAGAUAUGAUGGAAGAUUCUCACUUUAACUCAUCAUAUUUCUGGUCUCCUGUCCCCACUGUGCAGGGGCAGAUUGAGAAUGCCAUGUUCCUGAACAAGGUGAAGGAGCAACAAGAAAAGAGUACCUCCUUCUCUCCUUCCUCUGCGUCCCACUACCAAACAGCUCUCCUCACCAUCCCCACCCCUGGGUCCAAGAUAGAUGGAGGAGGGCAGGCUGGUAGUGCGGCACACCUCCACCCUCCUCAUAGCACCCAGAACAUCACAGUGCUGCCUGUCCCUUCCACAGGCAUCAUGACAGCAGCGGGUCUGGUUAUCACCACUCCUCAGGGAACACUAGUUUCUCCCACCUCCUCUCAAUCGUUUGUCUCUGGUCAUCCAGCAACAACCAUGAUUGUUUCAGCUCUUCAUUCUCCAGACAAAAAGGAAGGGGAUGGGACACCUCAUGUGGUCGUGAUGCCAGCUCCCUCGAAACGAGGCAGAAAGAAGAAGAUGACAACACUGUCAAGGGUUGGUCCUAUGGGUGGAGCAGGAAAUGAAACACUAAUACUGGCUCACCUGACAGCUGGCGGCCACGUGUCAUCUUUACCGAAUCAUACUGGAGACCCCUAUGAGUUGUCAAAUGAAGAAGACAACCACAGCCCAAAGGAUAACACUAAAACAUACAGGUGCCGGAUGUGUUCGGCGACCUUCUUCAGUAAGUCUGACAUGCAGAUCCACUCCAAGUCGCACACAGAGGCCAAACCUCACAAGUGUCCUCACUGCGCCAAGUCAUUCGCCAACUCCAGCUACCUGGCCCAGCACAUCCGCAUCCACAGUGGAGCCAAGCCUUACACCUGCUCAUACUGCCAGAAAUCUUUCAGGCAGCUCAGUCAUUUACAGCAGCACACACGGAAUCACACGGAAUCAAAGCCUCAUAAGUGUCCCCAUUGUACCAAGUCAUUUGCCAACUCCAGCUACCUGGCUCAACAUGUCCGCAUCCACACUGGAGUGAAACCCUACACCUGUUCCUACUGUGAAAAGUGCUUUAGACAGCUCAGUCAUCUUCAGCAACACAACAGGAUUCACACUGGGGAUCGACCAUACAAGUGCACCCAUCCAGGCUGUGAGAAAUCCUUCACACAACUCUCAAAUUUACAGUCACACCGGCGUCAACACAACAAGGACAAGCCCUACAAGUGCCCCAACUGUAAUAAAGGAUACAUAGAUGCAGCGAGCCUGGAGGUGCACAUGUCCACACACACUGUCAAACAUGCCAGGAUCUACUCUUGUGGUCUCUGCAACCGCAGUUAUACCUCAGAGACGUAUCUGGUGAAACACAUGGAGAAACACAACCCAGAGCAGCUGUCUGCACCGGCAGUCGUGGCAGCACAGUCAGCACAACAGAACCAGAACCAAAGCCAGGCCCAGGGCCAGGCUGGAGCUCAGAGUCGGGUAGAGAGUGCAGAUGGAGGAUCAAGCCAACCUGGGGGAGCUGGGAGCCGGGGAGCAGGCAGGGCCCAGCAGGGACAGAGCCAGAGCAACUACCCCCAGACAGAAACCAUCCUUUGUCCGUUUGACCUGCACCAGUAUAAGACAGUAUCUGCCAGUGACAUCCAAUACAAACCAGUCAGUGUGGCUGACAUUGCUUCCCACAAGGACCUCUGUCUCACUGUGUCAGCAUCCACCAUUCAAGUGGAGCACCUCAACUCGUAGGGGUGAUGAAAGGAGGGAGUGUGGGUUGUGGGAAAGUUAGAACAAAUUAAUGUAUGGACAGUUAAAGGAUAAAAGCAAUAUUAAGAUGAUAUAAGAACUUUUUAACACAUGGCUGUGCCUGAACAAUGGUUU